AUGCCCAUCUUCCCACUUGCCUACGUACCUCAUGCCCGGCAUUGGGCAUAUCGCCAUGCCUACGAGUGGAGAGCAUUCGGUUUGUGCUAUUCACUCCGUGGCCUCGCACCAAGCACGGCAGCCUCUGAACCAAGGUGCCGGCAUUCCUGCGAGUCCAACUGGACUCCUAUGACCUCGGUUCUGGUGGCGCUGCUGUCCCACACGGUGGACUCCUUGACGUUCUCGGCCUUCAUUUUCUCCAUCUCCCUCCUUCGACUUAUGCUCCGACCGCUACGCCGGGCUGGGUGUGUAGCCCCUCUGGGCAUUGUCUACGAUGGCAGAACUCUGGGAGCAGGUCAGGUCCGACGGCCUCUGCCAGGAGAUUGCCUGCCUCACGAUGGCCUUCCGGCUACCAUUCCAGGAGCACUGGCAGAUACCGGUGAGCUGCCUCCCAGGAGGUACCCUGAUCCUCCAGAUCCACUCGCAGAGGCUGUGGGCUACCCAGUUGAGCCCACAAGAGACAUUGCACACCCUCUACUCAAUCUUCCACGUGGGCCGCCGCCUCCUACCCCUGUCAGGCUGGGGGCAACGGUACGGCAUGUCAACUGCACAGCCCUUGCGCUCUGCCCAGGGUUCUUACCUGAGAUCCUUAAAUUUCCCUUAGGACUCCCAUGCGACAUUGAGGAUUUGACAGAUGAGGCUGAGCGGCAUCUUGGGGCCCUUCGGCUUCCCUUUUGCGACAGGGUACUUGCGGUCAGGCCCCAGCCUGUCCCAAUGUGCGCCACGCUUCUAGUAGUCCCCUCCUGGGUUGCUUUUGCUGCUAUCUCGGCUGUCUGCCUUGAUUUACGCAAUGCCCACCCUAAUAGACCAGGACCACUCCUUGCAGUCUAUGUCACCAGGCCGACGUGCCGGGCAGAGCUCCUCAGGCAAGCCGGACUUUUUGGGACUCAUCCCUGCCGUCUCUAUUUGGGGACUGAAACACGCCCUCUUGAGGAGGAUGAAGCAGUUACACUCUCCAAUGGAUGUGUCAUCACCUUUGUCGGUGACGAUACCCUGCCGGACUUUUCCACAGAUCUUCAGUAUCGCCUCCAGCUGCCCCAUAUGUGGCCAGAUCACCCGCCACAUAUUCCUACAGUGUCACGCCAGGCCCUUCUGCUUCUGCAUAGAACAGGCCGCUUUCUCUACAAGCCACAAGUUACAGAUACUCCUCUAGAUGAAGCAGCAGCGCUUUUCAUUGGGGUCAACCGCAACUCUGUAGAGAUUCACACGCCUGCAGAUGAAGGAUGCGACCGUCUGUGCCAUCAGGGUGUUGGAGUUCGGGGGGUUUUAGCAUUCAUAGAACCCACUCUGCUCCCCCCUGACUGUCCUCAGUACGUGGUUUUCCUAGACCUUCGCCAGGUUGCCUCCAGCCUAAGGUUUCUAGUGCUUGGCCAGCCUUUUAUCCCUCGCGAGGAUCUAGCAGGCCUGGUCAGUCAACGGCCUCCUCCAGGAUGGUUCCUCCGUGUCACGGGAGGCAGGCUUCGCCGACGUCGCCUUGAUUUUCGACAUGGGGCCACGCUUGUCUUUGGGUUUGAGUAUUCCUUGGACUCUGACCAGCCGUCCGAGCACUUCUCUCCCACCACUGACGACAGCGACGAGGACUCUGAAGAGGACGAACACUCCGAAGGUCAAGACACUACGACCGCUCCAGCCGAUUCCGAUGGUGAACAUCUAUUUCCCGAUGAUGUUCGGUUUCGCCGCUCGGCCUCUCGAUCUCGCAGUCGGACGAGACACAACACUGGCAAUGCAGAGCAUAUUCCGUUUCCGAUUGGUGCGGCGGCGAGCGGGAUGCUUUGUCUGGUUUCUCUGCCCAGCUCUGCUGCUGCCGACAUAGUACGGGAUACGGGCAUUAUAGGCUGUGGCUCGGGCAUUCUGUCACCCAUGCCAGCCCUGACAUGGCUUACAUGGCCUGCCUCAGAGGUCAGCAUUCUAUUUGUUAGUUCUGCUCUCUUCGUGACAGCCUUAGGUUGCUUCACGGCUGCCUACUUCCGUAGGAAGGCAGGACUUCAACCUCGAGGCUGCAAACUGUUGACAAACCCGGUGUGCCGACAUGCAGGUGAUAGACGUCGUCUUGAGAAUCUCCGUCGUGUCACCAGGGACUUUGGCGACCCAUGGCCAUUCCCAGACGAAGGCGACCCCUUUAGACUUGACCGUUCGCCUUCGGACUCUGCAUCGGAUGCUUCUGAUUCGGAAUCCAUUGCAUGGGCCACCAUCUUAGUCUAUGCUCCCCAGUAUGCCCCUGAGUGGUUGACCCUGGCCUUCCACUUCCCCUCAACCCCAGGUGAAGGGAUAAGACAGAUACAGGCCGAAAGGGAUCCCAGAAAGGUCAGGACCUUUCCAGACUUGGUGCCCGCAUCACCUCAGACCUUUGAAGGCGCUGGAAUCUAUCUUGCUUUGCCUCCGUGGCCCACUGAGAAGCGGCUCCUGUACCUUGAUGCGGUCCGUUGGGAUGGCAGGCAUUUUUCCGCCUUCGCCCCUCCCUAUGUUGAUCGCAGGACAGCUCUUCACCUUCUUGAUCUCCCAGCCAGCAGUGCAGUGCAGGUUUAUGUUGGUCCCUCCCUCGAGCUGCUCGAGGGGGACACAGCACUCCACGUCUGCAAUGGCCUUGCUCUGAUUUUUGUGCCUUCGCCGGUUGUGCUGCCUAGCCUCAUUACUAUUGAACACAUGCUUCAGAGACCCAGCUUAUGGUCGCAGCACUUCGAACUUUCUGCGGACGACCGGGUCGCCUUCUGUGUUGCAUGUGAGCACCAGCAUGUCCUUCUCACAUAUGAGGAGGCCCAACCUGCCUUACACCGCCAGCAUCUUGCCAGAGCCCUAGGCACGGAGGAGGACCAACUUGCAAUCUACCCCGCCAGGCCGAGGGUCUCCGACGCCAUGCUGAAUGGGGUCCCGUGCCGCACAGUCCUUGCUGCUGCCAUCAAACAUCCCACUUUUCAUUGGGAUCGUGAUUGCCAUGUUAUUCUCGACUGCCGAGCCUUUGAUAGUGGCUGGUUUGCAUUCCCUGCACGAGGAGGAUUCCUCGAAGUAGAUCAGGUCAACAUUGUUGAGCCCCAUGGUACCUCGCUUGUUGAGCCAGGUCAGGUCCUGCUAUGUGAGGUGAGUCCCCCUACAGAGGGCAUGCUACACGGUGACAGGGAGCCCACAGGUACCUCCUCUGCCCACCAACCGGCACCUUCUGCGGCUCCGGCAACGUCGACAGACUCCAGGCACCCUGCCACAGGCCAGGAUCAUGUACAGGAGGCUACUUCCCUGACAGAGCAUGACACUCAUUCGCCAUCAAAUGCAGUGUCCUCAGAUGGGUUCGUUGAUGCCCCUUUCAUGAUCCUGGUUCCCGAAUAUACUCCUGAGAUUGUUCGGGUUCGAGUCUCCAUCCCCCAAGACCUCCAUGCUACUCUAGCAAGGGUUUCAGCUGGCCGCCUUCCACAUACUCGCAGACGGUUUCCGAGACUCAUCCCGGUCUUCACACAGACAUCUGCAGCGUGGGGCACUCUUAUCGCAGCACCCGUAUGGGAAACCGUUGGCGUCAUUAUAUGCAUUGAGUCCAGGCUGGAUGGUCGGCUCUUUGCUCUCGACUGUCCACCCCUGGUUCGCCGACAGGACAUCCUCAGACUAGCAGGUCUAGAGGACGACAAUGAUGCCUUCAUUUUCCACAACGAUACCCCUUGGCCGUUGCAACAUGACACUCGCCUCAUGCUGCAAACCGCAGAUUUGAUCCUCAUCCUUCCCCCAGUGCACAACGUCGUGGUCACCACGCAUUUACCCGACAUGUUGCUCAGCACGGCGGGGUGGAACCCGCGAGUGCAAUACCCUGCUGACUUCAGAGACCAUUCCUGGAUCCUUGCCGACUCUGCCCAUUUUGCAUUUCUUGUUAGGCGAGGACGACGUCACGUCCUUCGUCAGGACUUGGCUUUGGUGCUUCGAUGUCCACCGACCAGGCUCUUGCUUCGUCCAGCGGUCCCCUCGAUCAGCAACCACAUGCAUGCGGGUUCGGUCUCCAAGGCGGUGCUUGUUGCCCACAUCUUAGAAGAGGAUUUGACCUUUCAUUCGCCUCGAGCCCCCUUGAUCAUUAUUGACCAACGACCUAUCCUGCUUGGGUUCAGCUGGGUAUGGGUUCCUUCAGGUCGGCUUGACCCUGCGUCCUUACUGCCACGUUAUGUGACGCGCUGCCCAGUUGGUCAUACUGUAGGGUGCACCAGAGAUGAUGGUCACACAGAGCCUUUCUUCUCUCCUUUUGAUGUCAGAGACGGGGAGGUUAUCGAGAUAGAAUACCUCACCCAUGCAGAGGCGAGGGCAACCAUGCAUCCACACGAUUCAGGUCCCUCUGACCCUCCUGACUCCUCUGAUUCCAGUGAUGCAGAGGACUCCUCCGAUGACGGCAGAGAUGCCAGCUCCACCGACCGCUCAGCUGGUGCUGCUGCCUCUCAUGGCACUACUCCCGUCGAUCCUGAUGCUGGAACUGGAGGCUCCACCAGAUUCAAUGUCUUAGUUGGCUUGAGCAGCAAAAUGACCUUCAGUCGACCCAGCACUCGCAGACUCGCUGCCCUUCUUGUUGUGGUCGCUCUUAUCCGUCCUGCGGAUGCGACCCCAAACUCCGGUGGAUCUCCGUAUCACACCGCUCCCGACGCCACAAUGCACAGUCGAGACGACAAGUGGGACUACGGUUCUCCCCAGCACGCCAAUCCAGUUGGCAUCCUUUGUCUCACCCCUGUCCUCCUGCGCUUGCUGCUGUCGCUUCUGCUUAUCACUCGGGGUGCUGAGUCCGGCCAGACACGGCCCUCCAUCAGGAGGAAGCUGUCUCUCAGAAGCCCUAGGUCCCUUACCUUUGUGGUUUUCCUUUUCCUCAUAGGAAUAACCCAGCCAGCCGCUGCAGUCCAGCUUGGCAGCAUCAGCACACCACAUUGUGUUGCAAGUGGAGCCCAUGCUGAGGGCCCACAUUCCUGCAUGACAACAGCUGCUCUCACUGCUGUCGCUGUUUCUGCUCCAAUCCGAAAGGUUGCGACCCCCUGCCGCAAUAGCUUCCUCAGGGCAGACAACAGUCGAGCUCUGCCUGAUCGUACCACGAUGCCAUCCAGUUCAACAGCCCACAUGACACCCCAGCAGGGGACUUCUUCUGUUGCUGACAAUUCUGGGGUUGGUGCCUUAGAUCUUUCGACUGCGUGCACACUUCUGGAAGAGUCCGUGGCAUCCUCCUCUGAUUGGGCUUUUCUCUCAGCGACUCUUCUUGAGACUCUGAUCGAACACUGCACUAGGCCAGACAAGGAGAAAAGGUCUCCUCCGAACUUCGGUACAAGGGGAGACCGCACCUCACCUACAGCUGCGGGCAUAGAUUCGCCUAAGUGUCUUGCUGCUCCCUGCAAGGACAGGCCAGGUGAGGUCCUCUACCUUGCCAACCUACUUGAUGCCAGUAGGUGUUUCGAUGUCUCCGGUGUCAAUUUUCGACUAGGGUGUACGCUUGAUGAUGUUUUACCCUUCUUUCGCCGAGACCAGUGGGAUUUACGCCGAUCUGUUAUCCAGCACAUGUUGCAAUUGCCCCUGCCGGACCCAGAGACAGACAUCGCUCCCCUGUUCUCUCGCAUUGAUGUCUUCACAGAUGGCUCCUUCAAUGGCACUGUCAGCAGCUGGGCAUUUCUUGUGCUAGGCUGGCACGGCCGAGACGUCUAUGCACUGGGUUGGAUUGCGGGCCUCGUUGUCACUGAUCCCGCCUCCGAGGCAUAUAUUGGAGCGACUCAGCACGAUGCCUUACGGGGGGAAGCCUCAGCCCUCUUUUGGGCCAUGGCAUGGCUAGUCCAAGGGCCGAAACAUGUUCCUGUACUUGUCUGGUCAGACUGCCUGGUCGCCCUACAGCAACCCCUUGACUGCACCCUCUCCCAAGGCAUCCGAGCCUUAUGCCAGGCCCUGCUCUCCUCCGAUGUCGACUUCCAUGAAGUGAGACACGUGCGAUCUCAUGUUGGCCAUCCUGCCAAUGAGUUUGUUGAUGCGGCGGCAAAAUGGGCUUGCCGAGGUCAAUUGGACCCCACCACCCCAUUCCAGGUUUCCUUCGCAGCAGUACUCAGACAAGGUCAUCUUGAUUGGUGGUGGAUGCUUCUCGAUUCUGUCCGAUGUCCCCUUGCCUGGCCCUGCCACGUCGGACGAGACUUCACUGACCACGACCGCUUUGCAGAUACUUCGCCACCCACGGAGGCUGAGAGCCGGGAGUGGCUGGGCCUGCCGGCCUCACAAGGUUCCAAGGCACAUGCUGUCACUACCGCCAUCAAUUUGCGCUUACUCUCUGUCAAUGUGCAGACACUUGCACCUAAUGGAGAGCUGCCCAAUCCUCCCGGCGAUGACAAGUUCAAAGGUAAGGCCGCUUACAUCAGGGAGCAACUUGCCUAUCACGGGGUACACAUUGCUGCUCUCCAGGAAACAAGGGCACGUCAGGAUGAAACUGUGGAGUCCCACAGCCAUGUUAGAUUGUGCUCCGGAAGGGACUCACAAGGCCACUACGGCGUCGAACUGUGGGUAGCCAAACGCCUCCCCAUUUCCACGUCCGCACAGCAUCACAUCCAUCUCCAGCUGUCCGACUUGUUGGUCGUUCAUUCCGACCCCCGCACCCUCAUUGUGCGACUCGCUCGUCGAGGUCUGAAUGUCCUCUUCACUGCUAUCCAUGCUCCUACUGCUUCUGCAAAGGACAGGGCACAGUGGUGGAAGGCCCUCUCGAGCAAAGUCACACGCCUCAGGGGCAAUGGGCAGGUAGUACUUUUGGGUGACUUUAAUGUACACUUCAGCGCUCCCAGGGAUGAUCACAUAGGGGACCUUGUAUGGCCAGGCUCUGAUUGCGUUCCAAACGGGCUGCUUGACUUACUCAGACGACAAGACUUGUGGAUCCCCAGCACAUUCAGCGAGUGUCAUCAUGGUCCCAGCAUCACAUGGACCACCCCCAACGGCCUACAUGGCUCCAGGAUCGACUUCAUCGCUGUCCCCUCUCAUUGGGGAGUUGCACCGGGUGCCUCACAGGUACACCAUGACCUAGACUGGGGGCAGUCCCAUGUGGACCAUUAUGCUGUACGCCUCGAUGUUGCCUUCUUCGCACAUCUCAGCGCAAGGGAUAACCGAGCCUCCUGUUCCAUUGAUCGAGAGGCACUUGCCACACCAGAAGGACAGCGUGUCCUUUCUUCCAUUUGGGAGGCGGCCCCAAGCCCUCCGUGGAACAUGAAUGUCCACCGACACUGGAGUCUCGUCGAGAAACACCUGAGGACCUCCUUGCUCGAGGCUUUCCCCUCGAAGCGAGGAAGCUGUCGUUCGUCUCACUUCAGCACCGGUACCUGGCUGCUCCGACAACGCAGGGUCUGGCUGCGUAGAGGUAUCCUCCGUCUGCGCAAUCAUAUAUCCCUAGCUACCAUAUGUGGUGCCUUCCGAGCCUGGCGAAGAGACCUCAGGUUAAUUGUUGGCCAAGUUGGUGUGUGCAUUUCUGCUGCAUCAUCCUCUUUGGCCUUGCAGCUGCUUGCGGCGGACAUGCGUACCACGAAGCAUGAACUUCGCCAAGCCAUCCGCCAUGAUCAAGAACAGAGGAUACAGAAUGCGGCAGCCGCAGCUGCUCGGGCCCCUCCAUCGGAGACUCUUGCUGCCCUACGCCCACUGUUGGGGCCGUCCAAACGCCGAUGUCGCGGCCGUCAAAGCCUGCCGGUUAUACAUGAUACAGCCGGCAAGCCCGCCACCACUCCGGAGGAGGCCGAAUCCAUCUGGAUCCAACAUUUUGCAGGCGUAGAAGAUGGCCGAGUCAUUGCUCCAGCAGAUCUCGCUUCUGACUGCCUGCGCCGACAACUCCGAAGGGACCUGGACGACCUGUCCAUACAGCGUGAGGAUCUACCCACCCGGUGGGAGCUUGAAGCAUCCCUCAGAUCCACGCACCCGGGCCGAGCGACUGGAGUUGACGACCUACCUGGGGAAAUCCUCCAUUACGCCGCCUCAGCUUCGUCCCGCGCCAUACGCCUUUUUCAGAGUGGAGCCCAGAGGCAUCGUGUCAGCUAUGCCAUCAUCUUUUUGGACCUUCGGGAGGCUUUCUAUCGAGUCAUAAGACCGCUUUUCACAGGGUCAUCCUUUAAUGAUGAGCUUUUUGCAUCAGCUGCAGCCCAGCUUCGUCUCCCCUCUGAUGUUCUUGCGGCCCUACACCGGCACCUUUCCACAGAGUCGAUCCCGGCUGCUGCAUCUCAAUGGACAUCACAGUCCUUGUCGGAAAUCCUUGACAGCACCUGGUUCCGGUUCAGGCGAAGUGAGACAGUUGUCCAGACCGGCGUCGGCAGCCGUCCAGGAGACAACUGCGCUGACCUUGUCUUUGGAUAUCUCUUUGCUUGUGUUUUGCAGGACCUCAAGCAGGAGCUUAGUUCUCGGCGUAUCCUGAGUAGCCAUGGGGCAUCCGAAUCCCUGGCUGUCAUGGAUUCAACGUGGAUGGACGAUCUUGCUCUUAUGGUCAAAGUCUCCGCGGCUAAAGACCUGCCUGCAGCAGCCCGAUCGGCAACCCAGGCUCUGGUCGAUUGUUGCUUUAGCCGUGGACUAGUCCCCAACUUCGGCAGAGGUAAAACUGAAAUCCUUCUCGUUCCCAUGGGACCGGGCUCCCGUGAGGUCAAAGCUGAGGUAUUCCGGGACAAAGACCCCUGCCUGUCCUUUCACUCUGCCCAUGCAGGUAGAGUUGCUGUGAGACUGGUAACCCAGUACCAGCAUCUGGGGGGUCUCAUUCACCAUACAGGCAAGGGCCUAAGAGAAGCCCGACACAGAGUGAGCCUUGCACAUGAGGCUUUCCAGAAGCACAAGACCAAGGUGUUUCAGUCUCCUGCAGUCCCUUUUGAGAGCAAAACCAGCCUAUAUGAGUCUCUUGUCCUAUCCACCAUGCUGCAUGGGGCAGGAACCUGGGUCAACGUGGACACUGCCACCAUCCGGGCACUGUCCUCUGCCCACACUCUCAUGGCGGCUAAAAUGCUUCGCCCCAGAUUUUCGUUUGAGGAGGCCCUACACCAGGGCCCUGCCCGCAUCCUCGCUAUUAUGGGACUCCCCUCUAUUCACACUUUGCUGCAUGUGGCCCGCCUGCGUCAGCUGCUCCCUUGUGUUCGCAUUGGCAUGGAUGAGCUUUGGGCUCUCAUUCAUUGGGAUGGGAACUGGCUUCAUGAUGUUCGGGAGUCCCUGGCAUGGCUUGCUGCACUAGUUGGCCCGCCCGGUAUGACCUGGGACUGCCUGUGGCCGGACUGGUACGGUCUGAUGCGUGAGCAUCCUGGGCGAUGGAAAUCCCUCCUGCGAAAAGCUCAGGCGAAAGACGUCAGACUUUCCUCAUGGGACUCUGCCCGACUAUACAACGCCGGUCUACUUGUACGCCAGCUGCGCACCAUGGGGGGUGCUCUAGCACACCCGCCGCCCCCAUCUUCUGAUGGUCGCCAGUGUUGUGCCCCAUGCCGGCGUAUCUUCGCCAACUACAAUAGUUGGAGUCUUCAUGCCUUCAAGACUCAUCAUCGUGUAAUGGAGGGCCGUGGCAUCCUAUCAGGCACCCAGUGCCAGGCCUGCCUAAAGCACUUUGGCACGAAUGUUAAGUUGUGUCGACACCUGCGCUUCACACCUCGAUGUCGUCUCAAACUGCUCCAGCAUGGCUUUUCCUGUGAAGUAGAGCCCGGUCUUGGUAGCCGUAAGGCGGAAGACCCCGGACGCACGCAGGCCCCUGCUCUUCAAGCUGCGGGCCCGAGACUUCCCCUGACACUCCUUGAGGUUCUUGAGUGUCUUUCUUUGCUGGAUCACGAUGGUCUGCUGUCCUCUCUCGCGGAUCAGGACAUCUGGAGCCGCCUUCGGGCAUCGUUUUCUUGUGUGUGUGCGCCCUCAGGGCGACUUCACCUCACAGUGAUUGCUUGGCAGGGCAUUAUUGAUGCAUGCUACCCGCACAUGCGUGCUCGACUGCAAUUUCACUUGGACUGGCUUCUCCAAUCGGACUUUGUCGAAUGGCUUGUUCCAGAUCCUGUGAACCAGGCACCACGGCUCUGCACCUUCCAAGAUGCUGCUGUCUCUUUGGGCCUACUUGACCUCUCUGCAGUGAGUCUUCCUCCGGUGUUGGAUUUCCCUGCACCCACUUUCUGUGUCAUUGCGCCUCUUGCCUGGGAAACUCAGGCCGAACUCGUUCUCGGCCCGAACAUGGUGUUCUUCUCCCAUGAGGAAUGCAUCAAAGAAGUGAAUUCAGGGAAUUUGCCUUCGUUCUUCGAUGGUCCUUUUCAGGAGGUUUGCUUCUUCAUUCUCCUGCGGGGUCUUUCUGGCCUUGAGUUUGAGAACCCUUUGGACUUCCCGGCUAGUGGCUUUUCUGAUCGGCUCUCCUCGGCCAGCCUCGUGGGGGACCUUUUGCGGUUCUUUGUUCGCCUGCUCCACCACGGAGUACCGACAUCCAUCGCCCUCCGAUCACAUCCCUCAGCCUGUGUCAAUGCUCUUCUGGACUUACCCGGCCUUCAGUCCUGGACAUUCGGGCAGCUCAGGGUUAUGGGCAGGCAGCAAUCACCGUUCUCUCACUUGUUUCACCUUUUUCUUAAUUAA